ACCCCAGCAGGAGCGGGGCCGGGGUCGGUGCGCCUGGCGUAUGUGUCCGGCUGCGCGCGCCAGCGCAGCAGCCAGAACAGCGGCCGCCGCCUGCGUGGCGGGGAUGCCCGGACGCCGGGCCCCGGGGCUGGGCCCCCGGCGGUAACCGGAGCGGGGGGGCCGCGCCCCCCCUCGUCCCCCCUCGCCGGUCCCAGAGCCGCAGCUGCUGCGCCCGCGCGCUCCCGGGGACGUUCUAACCGCCGCCGGGUCCCGCCGUCUCUCGCCCGGCUAUUAAUACCGGCGGCCCGGGAGGGGGGCGCAGCGCGCGCAGCGCAGCCAUGGGGACGCUGCUGGCCUUCGUGGUCGGCGCUGCGCUGGUUUCCUCAGCCUGGGGGGGCUGUGUGGAGGUGGACUCAGAGACCGAGGCCGUGUAUGGGAUGACCUUCAAAAUUCUGUGCAUCUCCUGCAAGCGCCGCAGUGAGACCACCGCCGAGACGUUCACGGAGUGGACCUUCCGCCAGAAGGGCACAGAGGAGUUUGUCAAGAUCCUGCGCUAUGAGAAUGAGGCACUGCAGCUGGAGGAGGACGCACGCUUUGAGGGCCGCGUGGUGUGGAACGGCAGCCGGGACACCAAGGACCUGCAGGACCUGUCCAUCUUCAUCACCAAUGUCACCUACAACCACUCAGGCGACUACGAAUGCCAUGUCUACCGCCUGCUCUUCUUUGAAAACUAUGAGCACAACACCAGCGUCGUCAAAAAGAUCCACCUUGAGGUGGUGGACAAAGCCAACAGAGACAUGGCGUCCAUCGUGUCUGAGAUCAUGAUGUAUGUGCUUAUCGUGGUGUUGACCAUAUGGCUUGUGGCAGAGAUGAUUUACUGCUACAAGAAGAUCGCUGCUGCCACGGAAGCUGCUGCUCAAGAGAAUGCCUCGGAAUACCUGGCCAUCACCUCAGAAAGCAAAGAGAACUGUACUGGUGUCCAGGUGGCUGAAUAACCCUGGUAAGGCCCUGGGCUCCGCCUCAAGGAAGAACCAGCUCUAAAGGGGAACAUCAGGGUACAGCCUGUCCCGGUGGGGGUUGGCCAUUCCUUGGCCUCCACAGCCUCAGAGUCCUGCCAGUGGAGCCACCAGGGUGGGAGGGGGCAGGUGGCUUGGCUCACACCCCUCAUCUGGCCUUCUUCCUCCUGCCCCAUCACCCGCCCGCGCCAUGCAUGAUGGGUAAAGCAAUACUGCCGCUGCCUCACCCCUGCUUCUGCUGCCUGUUUGGGAGGGGCUGGUGAGGUGGGGGCAGCGGCUCCGCACCCCUCCUUGCUGAUUCGCACACACCAGCCCCUUCAGAAUAGCACUGCUGGGGCCCAGCCCGACCCUGCCCCCUCCCUGCCCAGCAGGGCCGUGUGUGCGGUACGGGUUCUGGGACCCACAUGACCCCAGUGACAUUUCCUCUCCUGCUUCCUCUGGCUGGACCUGGGGUUCCCUCUCCCUGUGAUGCAGUCUUGCUCCAGCCCAACCCUUCCCUCUCUCACCAGCCUUGGACUGUGGCCACUAGAAAGGGGCCCAUUCAGCCUCGUUUCUCUUUACACAAGUAGUUUUGUUCAUGAAAUAAAGAUUCUUGGACUUGA